AUGGCAAACAGAAAACCCUCCAGCAGCAUUGCGACCAGCUCCAGUGCAAAAACGGCAGAGAAAGAGGACACGCAUUCUGAGAGCGAUCAAAGAAUAUUGGAAGCCAUCAGACAACCCAGUACCACCACGCGACCCAUUACAAUCGUGGGCACGGCCAUCAGCAGUGCCACCACCUCCAACACGAGCCUCAGUGCGACCCCCAGUGCGACCCCCAGUGCAAAGAAAGCAGAAGAAAAAGAAAACAGUUCUAAAAGCGAUCCACGACUAUUGGAGGCCUCCUCCACCUUAAUUGCUCGGGAAUCUGAAGGUCAGGACCAGAAUCAGUCUGGGGGCAGUGGGGAUGAAUACAUGCAGAUGCAAGUGGUUGAGAGCGCAAGAAACGCUACACAUGUUGCUCCUGAAGUGGGAAACUUUGCAAGUGAAAACCUCUUGUCAAGUUCGUCAAGUUCUACCAUGAUGGUGGCGACUGCGUCGUUUACUAGUGCAUCGAUAUCUCAUAACGACUUACCUUCGACGUCAAGGACAACGAUGACUACUAUACUAUCAGCCUCAAUCUCUGCACUUGAUAUUCGAAACAGUGAGAGUGAUUCUGAUCGAUCCUCACAAACUGGUCUUUUGACUGCAGGCUCUGUACCUCCUGCUCAAUUUCUCCCAAAUGAAUCCAAUUUAUCCACUCGAGGUGGCCGUGUAGCUGGAGGUUCUCUUGGUAUGAUGUUCGCAGUAAUCGACCGGCCCCGCAUUAGUCAAUUUUCUAACACAUCGAAUCGAUUACCCUUCAUAGUUGAUAGAAUCAUAACUUUCGCUGAUGGGCGCUCCCAAGCAAACUUGAGAGAAGCAGUAUUAGGUCCUCCCCAAGAGCCGAGAGAGGGAUACUCCGAUACGGAAGAGGAAGAUAAUAUGGAUUCAACUUCAGAUUCAAGUUCAAGUUCGGAAACUGAUGAGGAAGACGAUGAGAAAAGCGAGACAUCUUCAAGUGAUUAUGAUUGUCCUGGAUCAGGGACCAGCCAUCGUCGUCAACGGACAACACAAGAUCGACAAGAUGAAAAAGAUUCGGGAUCUGGGGGAAAUCAUGGUUCAAACACAGGUAAUGGGAAUGGAAAUGAAGAUAAAGAAUCACCCGAUCAAUCAGAUAUUGUUACACGAUCCGCGCAAGAGGCCAAUAGUAAAAGCAAGGACAUACUGUCAAUAUUGGAGGCGGAUAACAAUGUCAAAGAACUUCAUGCCGAUCGCUGGGGCUUGAAUCUCCUUGGAGGAAAAGGACAGGAAAAGAGACAAAGACGUGGUAAUACUACUUCGGAUUUCUUUGGAGGCGGUUUUAGGAGUUUGGGUUUCGGUAUUGCUGCUCAAACAUCCAAUGGAAAGAGAAGAAAAAUUGGCGAGAAGGGCGAAAAGAAGGCGAAAGAUGUGGACAUGGACGAUAAUGAUGAUGUCGAUGAUGAAGAUUCUGGGUUUGACAUGGAUGAUGAGGGAUCUGUCAGUAAUGUUCUAUUUUACAGCUUCAAGGGACUAGUGAAGAAUUGGGAUAGAUUGGAGUGUUCGAGGAGAUAUCGAGUUUGA